AUGAACGACCAAGUAAUUAAUAAAUUUAAAGAAGUAAGAAUACAAAAGUUAUGUAUUAAUUCUAAUAUUAAACCUAAGAAUAAUGAACUUGAUAAGUGUAAGCAAGUAUUAAAACAGAUAAGUGGACAAGAACCAUUUACUAGUAAAUCUAAAUACACUAUCAGGGGAUGGGGAAUUAGAAGAAAUGAGAGGAUUAGCGCAUCUGUAACAGUAAAAGGAAAAAAAGCAAAAGAAAUACUUCUUAAUGCUCUUAAAGUUAAAGAACUUACAUUACCAGAGAGUUGUUUUUCAGACCAAGGAAACUUUGGAUUUGGAAUAGAAGAACAUAUUGAUUUGGGAAUUAAAUAUGAUCCAUCAAUUGGAAUAUUUGGAAUGAACUUUUACGUAGUUUUAGAUAGACCGGGUUCAAGAGUAGCUAAAAGAAGAAGAUGUAAAUCAAGAAUUGGAAAGAAACAAAGAGUUACUAAAAAAGAUGGAAUGAAAUUCUUUACUUUAAAAUUGAAUGGAGAAAUUAGCAAUUAA